CCUGAUCUCAGUUAAAUUUAAAAUCACAAUGAAAAACCUGUGUUUUACUGCUCCUAAAAAUGUAAUUUGUUUGUAAACAUUCCAUAACAUGGACCAUAUAAUUUUAACGAUGAUACUCCUAUUUGUUGGCAUGUGCAACUGUGUACCCAUGAACGAAAAAAAAAAUAUGUAGAUCACACUUUGUACCAAUGAGAGAGUGUCUGCGUCUGGUUCUGGUAUCUGGUAUGGUGUAACGGCGACCGGGUAGUAGCAGUAUGCCCCAGCACUCUCCAUAUGGUGCUAAACUCACACUAUUUAUAUAAUGCAUAACAGUAUAAUACUAGUACUCGUGAUAGUGUUGUCAAUCGACCGAGAAAGAGGUGUAUACAAUAAAAUAAUGGAUGUUGAAGCUAAACAAGUACAGAGGAUAGGACCAGUAGAGACACAGAUACAGAGAAGUGCAUACUAUAAGCGAUACGAGACACGAGGAGAGCGAGCUAGAGGAGAGAGAAUCCGGCCUGGCGCGUCACCGUCAGUAGCGGCGUGCAUGCGUCGCGACGGUUAGACGGUAUUGCGAGCAGAGGUAGAGCUGGUGGAGUUUUAGCAGUAUAGAGUACAGAGGAGAGCGAGAGUACCAAGGUGGGUUGCGGGUUGCGGGCGGCAGAGUGUAAGAGCAGUGGAGAGAGACAGACUAGAAGCCAGCGAAAUGUCAGGAAAACUACCAACGUCCUCCUGGUUAUCUUGCUCGUCGUCGCGCCACGGCGGAGACCUACCUAGUGGGCGUUGUUAUCACACCACCAGCUCCAGUAGUUUGUUGUCAUCUAAGUUGUCAUCAUCUCCAUUGACGAGGGUCUCAUCAUCAUCACCAUCAUUGUUAUUGUCAUCAUCAUCAUUGGUGACUUUAAGGAUCACCAGACCCAGCCGACUUGCCAGGACGUCAAACCCGAAUUAUUUUGCCAAGUACCCGCCUGGGGAGGAGGUGUCGUUGACCACCAUCUACAAUUCCAGUCACAGUAUAGACUUGAUUACACGCCGCUGAGUAUGAGGGGGAGAAUGGGGAUGUCGAUGUUCAGUUACCGCUUGCGUCUUCGACAUUGAUCUCCUAUCACACAUCACACACUUAACUGCUUUGCGUUAUAUAUUACAUUAACUGUAUGUACAUAUUUUGUUCUGCGACGACAACAUAAAUUCUAUCAACCGCGAGUAUCUUAUAAAUUACCAAGAAAAGUUUGAAUUGCAGACGAGGUAAAAUACUGCAUCAAAAUAUACCAUCAGUUAAGUGUGAAUCUGUAUUAAAUAUAUUAAUAAAUAAAUAAAUAAAACCGGAUAUCGUGCAUCGAUAAAAAUAUUAAUAUUAAUAUUGAAUAAAUAUAUGCUUAAUAUUUUAUAAUUGUGGAGGUAAAUUGCUUUGAAGAUUUUAAUCGGUGAUCAGUGAUAUAUCAAGGAAAGGUAGAUAUUAUAGAUAAGAAGUUUUAUAAUUAAAUACAAUACGGAGAAAAAUAAAUUUGUAUAAUUAAAUCUUUUGAUUUAUUUAAUAUUUACAGUUACAAUUCCACGUGUGCUGUGUUGUUGUUUUUGUUAUUGCUGAGAAGAAUAGAAGAGAUGAUAAUAAAAGAGUAGAAAGCUAAGAAUUUAUUUAUAUAAAAAUAAUGAAUUAAAUGUUUGUAAGUAAGUAAAGGAUAAAAAAAGUUAAAUGGAGGAAAAAUUUCGUAAAAGGAAAAAGUGCUGGUAUGUUUUAUUUGGAGGGGAUCGAUUCUACACUGGUAACAUCCUUGAUAAAAUAUAAAAUUUAGCUAGUGGUCGCGGUUUUUAUCUGGUAGUGAAAGCUCGUGUAAGAGCUAAGAGCUGUUCGCACGGUACUCGUGUGACGACGGGGUAAUCCCUUGGACAGAAAACUCUCCGUACCGGCGUCGUUGAUCCCUUCAGCGUUGACCUCGCGCAACUUGGCUACAGCAUCUGGCUGGUUGGCAGCCGAGCACACCACGCAGAGCCAGAGCCAGCUCUGAAGGAUUGGAGUAGAGGGAGAUCGAUGCCUCAAAGACUGCUGCUGCUGCUGCUGCUGCCUAGUUCAAGAGAAUCCACGACUCUCGCGUCAAUCUGUCAGCCGUUGAGCGGCAAUCCACAUCUAAACAUCCCAGUGUGAUAAUGACUCGUUGGAAAAUAAUGCCGCCUAUUUUUAAAUCUACUGCUAAUACAAACGAUAAUAAUUAUUAUUUUAAAAAUAUCAAUCAUACUGAUAACAAUAAUAAUAAUAAUAAUAAAAUUAAAAUUAAAUUAAUAAUCACAAUAAAUAAUUAUAAUAAAUUUAAAAUAACACCAACACUUGUCGUUAUAUAGUUUUGGCGGGUUUAUUUCAACAACGCCGGUUCCGUUUUCAAGGGAUGUUUUUGAUGAGGGAUUGCAAUACAAGUUUAUAAUUAUUAAUAAAAAAUCAUUGGAAUAAUUAAUAAUACAGUGGCCAAUUUCCUCGUAUCUUCCAUUGAUAAAAAGUGUUUAUGGAUGCAGACGUUUAAAACUUUAAAAGCACUUCCUGUAUUAACCAACAAUAAUAAACAACAGAUAAAGAAUAAUAAGAAAUACAAAUAGCAAGUUUGAGGUUUUUAUUACGGAUAUUAUUUAUUGUUUGAAGAUAAAGUUUGUUACUGUAAUACAAGAAAGAUGGAUUGUUGUAAUUACGUGCAACCGUAUCACCCUGGACACAGUAAUUUUUAUCAGCAACAGCAAUUUUGUUAUGACAACAUGACCGGCUACGCGACAACCUCCACGGCCUAUGGUACGGCUCCGAUUUCUGAUUCGAUCGAAGUUAAUGCCCGAUACGCCAGGCUCCAGGCUGCCUAUCCGACAGAUUACGUGUACAACCCGAAGGAAGCUCGACUUCGAAAAGCGAUGCGUGAGCAGUGUCGCGAAUUAUCGCGGCAAUCUAUUCUUCAGAGUACAGUUACGACGACGAGCGGCAAUGCCUCGGCAACUGGUGCAAAUAGUACUAAUGGAUCUGUUGGCGAACGUGGAGUAGCUGGAGUUGGAAGCGGAGGUGGAGGAGGCGGAGGAGGAGGAAACAGGAGUGGAAGUGCCGGUGUUGAGAUUUCGGGAUCCGGUAAUUUUCUAAGUCACUCGAUGUCUUCUGGUGCGUCACUGGCCCCAGCAGCCGCAGUCAGUGUUUCUUCAUUACCUUCCAGCAGUUCAGGGUACAACUCCGGGAGGAUCAUCAACCCCUGGUUCCCGGUCGGUCACACCGGACCUGCUAGUCACAUCAAGCCAAUGCUCUCGCAUCGGGUCAUGCAGGCCCACCAGCGAACGUUCGAUAAGACCAAAGAGGUUUUGAGAAAGCAACCCGAGUGCGCCGGUGCUUUUUCCGCAGCCUCCGCCGCGGCGGCGUCGUGUUACCCCGGUGAUUUUACUGUUCACGGAGCGCCCACGCAGGCGGCUAGUGACACGAGUGUCGGUGGCCUCGAGAGCAACGAUUAUUGUAGCGGUGGCGGUAUCGGGGAAUUCUCCGAUGCCCAGAAGUGGCAUCCUUACCAAAGUACUGCUGCUUAUCAUGCUAGAGGACCAAUUAAUAAAAUGACAAGUCGUCAUGCCAUGCAAAGUAUUAACACACAUGGUCAUGGACCCUGGAAUCAAUUUUGCGGCGUUCCAUUGUUUUCUAUGGCUGCCCAAAAUCAAAUGGUUCGUGGUCCGAGACACAUGGUCUUCCUCCAAGACCAGCAAGAACGGCACUGUGGAUAUCCUGAUGAAAUGCCAAUGAAUUAUAUGACUAAUAAAAUAGAUAGUCACCGAUUGCAGCCUAGUUACACACAAAAUUAUCAAGAAACCGAAAAGUGUAUCGAAGAUGCACCCAGGUGGGAGCCGCCUUCUGCCGAGCCGGCGAUAACAAACUUGGUGAGCUCUCCCCGGGAGCAAGAGCGUGAAAGGGUCAGAGAAAAGCACCCACCUAAAAAGGAGGAGCCUAACAAUAAGGAGUAUCAAGAGAAUGUUGAACCGCAGGCAAAAACUCCGCGCAAACAACCUCUCCCAGGGUUCCAUCAAGCUUUUGGUUCCACGGAGAUCGGAAGGUUCUCGAGAUCUGAAUUUUUCGCCAGCAUGGUUGGCGAUAAUAAUGUCAGCAGCUCUGGAAGUGUCCCCAGCAGCACCAGUAGCAGCGCAAUUGGAGUCGGAGUUGUCGGUAGUAAUAGUAACGGAGUAAGUAAAAAUCGCAAUUCUAGUAUCGAUACAUCGUCGGACAUCAACAGUCAGUCGUCAAGAGUAGAUUCAGUAGAUCUUGAAUCAUUGUCGAACCCGUCGGAUGACGUUAUUACCAGCGACGAUGUUGAUAAUACGCCACCGGAUAAUUUUAAUAGCUUGUCUAGUUUGUCGACGAUGACGAGCCACUUCGACAGUGUCAGAACAACAAUGCCCAGGUGGCAUAGUCCUUACAUUAGUGCUAUAGGCAGUCAAAUAUAAUUUUAUUGUUCACCUUGUUUAUAUUUAGUAAAUUUUAAUAUCAUUUUAUUAACUAAUUAUAUCAUAAUUAUCAUUUAUAAUGAUAUGAUGGUGAUUAAAAGUUUUAAGAUAAAAUUUAUGCAUAUUGCAUUUUAUUGACAUUGAUAUAUGAGUUGUCUUGUGUAUCGUAGACUUGUCAUGUUAACAUGAAACUUAAAAAUAAUAAAAUAUAUACUGUCUUUUUAGACACGAAACUGUGAGUUAUAUCAUGUGAACUCGAUUCCAAUUAGGUGAUACAUGAAAAUAUACAUAUGUAAUAUAUAUACAGAGACAUAAAUAUAUAUAUGUUUCGUUGAAAGUUUAUAUGAGACAGACAACUUUAUAAUAAUUGAAAGAUUUUUAUUUAAAGGUUUAUUUAUUCUUAGACGGUAUCCUCUUUUUUAUUAAAUUUAAUAA